AUGGAGGAAUACCAAAAAUUCUUCGAUGAUUUCGAUCGCGGUAAGCAAGGCUACAUCAUGGCCACACAGAUCGGUCAGAUUAUGCGUGCUAUGGAGCAGGAAUUCGAUGAAAAGACCUUACGUAAGCUGAUCCGUAAAUUCGAUGCUGACGGUUCGGGAAAGCUGGAAUUCGACGAGUUCUGCGCUCUUGUCUACACCGUCGCCAACACUGUCGACAAGGAAACGUUGCAAAAAGAAUUGCGAGACGCGUUUAGGCUUUUCGACAAGGAGGGUAACGGUUACAUUUCUCGACCGACACUGAAAGCUUUGUUGAAAGAGAUUGCCGAUGACUUGACUGAUCAACAACUAGAUGAGGCUGUAGAUGAAAUCGAUGAGGAUGGUUCUGGAAAGAUCGAAUUUGAAGAGUUCUGGGAGUUGAUGGCCGGAGAAUCCGAUUAA